AGUCACACAGGAUCGGAUUUUCUGUUCAGAAUGUUCUAGUUCUGAUAUUUAGGGUGAUCCAUUCAAUUUUACGCACUAAAACUACAAUAUUUUUUUGUGAGUGAGUGUUACGGGUUUAGUGUGUGGCUUUUCCCUUUUGAUUUUCCUUUACGGUUAAAGCCGCCGGUAUGUUUACCCUCUUGUGCGCGUUGCUCUGCGUCAGUGCGCGCGCCAGCGGUCAAGUCGCGAGCCGCCGGGAGGACGAUGGAAAGCGGUACAUCUGCCGCGCCGUGCCCCUCAGCGGCGACUCGAGCUGCCCCGUGACUUUAUUACCGGAGCUGAACGCCGGGAGCCAGGAAGAGGAGCUCAGGAACACCGUCAUGCAGCUUCGGGAGACAAUUCUACAGCAGAAAGAAACCAUUUCCAAACAGAUCGGCACCAUCAAUGAGCUCACCACCAAGCUGUCCCUCUGCGCCUCGGCCACCGACGACAGGAAGUACGACAAGGGGGGUUCCUGGGGCAAAGAAAAGCAAAACACCAUGGGGGAUGUUCCCAGAGAUCCAAAUGACACGAUAGACAGUCUUGGAAAAACCAUGCAAGGGCUGAAGGACCGGCUGGAGAAUUUGGAGCAACAGCAUCUGCGAGCCAACGUAUCCGGCGCCUCAUUCCCCAGCGAGCUGCGCGACCUGCUGCAGCGCCGCCUCCGCGAGCUGCAGAAGCAGCUGCUGAAGAAAGUCAGCAGCCUGGAGGAGGAGAAGAGCCUGCUGUCCAACGCCACGGCCGCCUACCGGCUGAAGAUGGAGAGCACGCUCAGCGCCCUGGUGGACCGGAUCAGUGAGCUGGAGAAAGGAGGAGGGGACUUCAAGUCCCCGGAGCUCUUCAAGCUGUCCCUCCCCCAGCGCACCAACUACCUGUACGGCCGCAUCACCAAGAGCCUGCCGGAGAUGUACGCGUUCACGCUCUGCAUGUGGAUCAAGUCCAGCGCCAGUCCCGGCAUCGGCACGCCGUUCUCCUACGGCGUGCCGGGGCAAGCCAACGAGAUCGUGCUGAUCGAAUGGGGCAAUAACCCGAUUGAGCUGCUCAUCAACGACAAGGUGGCCCAGUUGCCGUUGGAGGUGCGCGAUGGAAGGUGGCACCACAUCUGCAUCUCCUGGACCACACGGGACGGCCAAUGGGACGCCUACCAAGAUGGAGGGAAGCUGGGAACCGGCGACAACCUGGCAGCAUGGCACCUCAUCAAACCCGGAGGGGUCAUCAUCCUCGGACAGGAGCAGGACGUGGUGGGCGGGCGCUUCGACGCCGGGCAGGCCUUCGUGGGUGAGCUGAGUCAGGUGAACAUUUGGGACCGCGUUCUGAAGCCGGUGGAGAUCCAGGCCAUGGCAAACUGCAGCGCCUACGUCCCCGGGAACGUGAUCUCCUGGCUGGCAACCAACGUGGAGGUUUUUGGGAGGGGAGCGUUCAAGAGGCCCGUGGAGACGUGUCAGGAGCGACUGACGAAUGCUUGAAACUCAUCGACCUCCGUUUGCAUCCAUUCAGCUUCUUUUUAUUAUUAUUUUAUCAUCAUUUUUUGGACUUUACUUUACACGUUGGUGUGUAGCAUCAUUCUGCUCCGCCUCAGAGAGAUAUUUGCGUGAUCCGUCCGAGAGGUCAAGUGGAGGGUUGACCCCGUCGGCGACUAGUGGUCAUUUCACAUUGAGUUGCAGUCGGUGAAAUAAAUGCAUCAACAUUUCGGAGAGAGGGAGAGAGGGAGAGAGGGAGAGAGAGAGGGAGAGAGAGAGGGAGAGGGAGAGAGAGAGAGAGAGAGAGAGAGAACCCAAACACCGACAACGUUGCAAAGAAACUUUACUCUUCUUAUAUCGAGGAAUAACACAAAACAACAGGUCUACAUCACGGGAUGAGACAAACAGGGGUUAAAUACACUGGGGAGGUGCAGGUGAUUGGACACAGGUGGAAACAAACACAGGGACAGGAAGUGCAGGAAGUAAAAAAAAAAAAAACCAGGAAACAAAACACAAAAUCCUCCAGAUCCUCACAGAAGGUAUACUUCAAAUCCUGCAAUGCACGGUGAAAGGUCACCUCGGGCGUCGGUGCUUAAGACAGACAUCUUCAUCCCCACCCACCCACACACACACACACACACACACACACACACACACCUCCCUCCCUCACUCAAGAGCUUUUGAAGUAAUGAAAAGCCACUCUAGUCCGGCGCAGACGACUACAAAUACACCAGACGCUUCGCCGGUGACACGUGAGUCGGUGUUGCGUGCAGCGAGGAAAGAUUAAAGGUCUGGCUCCUGUUGUGUCUGCUGCUUAACUUUAGAUACGCUUACAGAGCCGACAUCAAACCACCUCCCAUCCUGACACCUUCAGUCCUUUUUCAGGAGAAUACACCUGGAAGAGUACAACGUGUGUGUGCUAGUGGUAGUUGGAGCAUGUCUGCAAUAGACUGGUAGAAACACUACAAGUGACCCCAGUGAUGAGGCACGUGCACAGAUGGACCCCUAGUGGGGCUCCAGCACCGGCCCCUUCAGCUGGAGACACAUUUUUUCUUCAUUAAUAAGUAUUGAAGAAUAAAAAUGACUGUCGUCAAUUCCCCCCUAAUGUGUUUUGAUAUCUGACGGGGCAUUUAUUUGAGUUCUUCUUAGAAUUUCGCCCCGACAUGCUCCGCGGCGCCCCUCCCUCCUCCUCCUCCUCGCGAGUUUAUUAUAUGGCAUUUUUUGCUCCAAUCAAUUUGUCAAUACAAAUAAAUGGUAAUUGUGAAUAGAAAACAUGUUAUUUUAUUUAUCUCUCAUGUCUUCUCCCAACACAAUGUGUUUCAGGUGUUGCGUAGCAACCAAUUGCUUGCUAACCCCCCCCCGACAUGUCUGUGCACGUGCCUGCCGGUGAUACUCAUGAGUUCAUCGCCGUGCUUUUCUUUCUUCGCCUUUUUCCCCAAUUUCCAAAAGUUGUUUAAAUGGUGAAAUCGUGUUUGAAGUAUAUUCACAGCUUCAGCGUUGUGAUAUAUCUUCAGUUCAAUGAGUUGUAUCAUUGUUGUGACAUAUUGUCUUUAAAGCAUUCGACAGAAAAAAAUGUAACAUAUUAGAUGAAAACUCUGAAUGUAAUCUGAAUGUGAAAGUGUACUUGUAACUGUUUUGAGCACAUGGUUAAGGCGUUGUCCAUGUUGUCUUGUGGCCUUUAAUGGAGACCUAAGUGCCAUUAAAUGUGUUGCGUGUUGAACAUUAUUUGCUUUGCCAAUCACAAAAAUGUGGAAAAUAAAAUUCCUGCUGCAAAUUGAA